AGAGGCGGAAUGUUCAACUCCUGACUCGGGCGGAAGCGUGGGAGCCGCGCGGGCCGCCGUCCUCUCGACCCCCCCCGCCGCACCCCCCACGGUCGCCGGCCCUGUCCUCGCCGCGCGCGGGGCCUCGGCGCCCCCCGGCUGCUGCUCGCGCCCGGCCCGGGAGCCAGAUUUUGUGGGAGUCUAAUACUUUGUCAUUAUGAGAUGUCGUCUCUCGGUACCUCCUUUGUGCAAAUUAAAUUUGAUGACUUGCAGUUUUUUGAAAACUGCGGUGGAGGAAGUUUUGGGAGUGUAUAUCGAGCCAAAUGGAUAUCCCAGGACAAGGAGGUGGCUGUAAAGAAGCUGCUCAAAAUAGAGAAAGAGGCAGAAAUACUCAGUGUCCUCAGUCACAGAAACAUCAUCCAGUUUUAUGGAGUAAUUCUCGAACCUCCCAACUAUGGGAUCGUCACAGAAUAUGCUUCUCUGGGAUCACUCUAUGACUACAUUAACAGUAACAGAAGUGAAGAGAUGGACAUGGAUCACAUUAUGACCUGGGCCACUGAUGUAGCCAAAGGAAUGCACUAUUUACAUAUGGAGGCUCCUGUCAAGGUGAUUCACAGAGAUCUCAAGUCACGAAAUGUUGUUAUAGCUGCUGAUGGGGUAUUAAAGAUAUGCGAUUUUGGUGCCUCUCGGUUCCAUAACCAUACAACACACAUGUCCUUGGUUGGAACUUUCCCAUGGAUGGCCCCAGAAGUUAUCCAAAGUCUCCCUGUGUCUGAAACUUGUGACACAUAUUCCUAUGGUGUGGUUCUCUGGGAGAUGCUAACAAGGGAGGUCCCCUUUAAAGGUUUGGAAGGAUUACAAGUAGCUUGGCUUGUAGUGGAAAAAAACGAGAGAUUAACCAUUCCAAGCAGCUGCCCCAGAAGUUUUGCUGAGCUGUUACGUCAGUGUUGGGAAGCUGAUGCCAAGAAACGGCCAUCUUUUAAGCAGAUCAUUUCAAUUCUGGAGUCCAUGUCAAACGACACUAACCUUCCCGACCAGUGUAACUCAUUCCUGCACAACAAGGCAGAGUGGAGGUGCGAAAUCGAGGCAACUCUUGAGAGGCUGAAGAAACUCGAACGGGACCUCAGCUGUAAAGAGCAGGAACUCAAAGAAAGGGAAAGACGUCUGAAGAUGUGGGAGCAAAAGCUGACGGAGCAGUCCAACACCCCGCUUCUCUUGCCUCUUGCUGCAAGAAUGUCUGAGGAGUCUUACUUUGAAUCUAAGACAGAGGAGUCAAACAGUGCAGAGAUGUCAUGUCAGAUCACAGCAGCAAGUAACGGGGAGGGCCAUGGCAUGAACCAGAGUCUGCAGGCCAUGAUGCUGAUGGGCUUUGGGGAUAUCUUCUCAAUGAACAAAGCAGGAGCUGUGCUGCAUUCUGGGAUGCAGAUAAACAUGCAAGCCAAGCAGAAUUCUUCCAAAACCACAUCUAAGAGAAAGGGGAAGAAGGUCAACAUGGCCCUGGGGUUCAGUGAUUUUGACUUGUCAGAAGGUGACGAUGAUGAUGAUGAUGACGGUGCUGAGGAGGAUAAUGACAUGGAUAAUAAUAGUGAAUGAAACCAGAAAGCAAAGUAAUAAAAUUGAAAAUGUUUGGAAAAAUGAAAGAAACUUGCUCUCUCAGUCUGUACAAAAACCAGUAAGGAAGUAGAAAACUAAGCACUGAGUUUGUAGGCCAAUCACAUUUCUAUGACAGUCAUUUCUUGAAUGAUUUUACUUUUUUUUUCUGCUUACAGAAAAAUGGGGGGCGGGGGGAAUUAAGCCAGAAAGGUAUAUUUAAUGAGUCAGCAGAUGUGGUGCCUGAUUAUAGAAAUUUGUGAUUCUAUUACAAUAUAGUAGUUUUAACUAAUUACAUUCUGGCUUUUUUUUUUUUUAAACAAAUACUUUAACGUUUGUAUUUGAUUUGAUUUCAUUUAUUUAAUUGCUCAAGAAGACUUACAUUUUGAAAAAGCACUCUUACCUCCUCUAAUUCUUCUUUGACACUGAUUUUCCUGUAACACACUACAUUUUUUUUCUUAUGGUAAUACACUGCUCUGUCAGAAAUAAUUGACAGUGACUACAAAAUCUAACAAUAAAAAAAUUGAGAUGAAAGAAGGCUAUAACAAAUACUUCUUCCGAAAUACCGAAAUGCCAAGAAUUUUCGAUCCUUAAUGGCACAACUACUCACAAUAAAACCUGAGAGAUGUUCUCAAUAGUACAUUGAGAGAAGAAAUGCUCUAAUUUGAAACCAACAGCAGAUGUUGUAGGCUUUCAUACCAGUGCUAGUCCUGGAAGCUUCCGAACAACACACUGUCAUCUAAGGCUUAGUUUAUAAAAGGAGAAAGAGAUGGUCUUAAAGGGCUACGUGCAGGCUGAUACCAAGUGCUGACACAGACCCGCUGUGCACCCCCAGUGUGGCGUGCACAUGUUUGUUUUCCAGAGGGGCAGGAGCAUCCUGGGUUCUAGAUAUAUGUAUAAAGGUUUUAAAGAGGGAACUAAAAGAUUAUGAAAGGAAUAGCACAGAUAAGUUAAACUUACUGAGACAGAAGUACCAGAUGAAGGGUCCUUUUUAGAUCAAAUCCAGCCUUCCAGAGUUUUUUUUUUUUUCCUUUUAACCCUGACUCAGCCAUGCCAGUGUUAAACGGAAGUAAAUGUAGGUGUUGCUCCAACAACCUAGUUCACCAGAGAAAUAUUCUCAGAAUGUUAUAUUUGUCAAAGCUUGUUUAAACUGUAAAACACUGAUAAAAAAACUACAAAACAUUUGUAGUCAUAUAUAUGUACGCAUACACACACACACAACACGCACGCGCGUGUGCGCACACACACACACACACACACACACACACACACACAGAAAGGCAAAGGCACAAAAACUUUUUUUCACCCUGUAUUGGAAAGAAGUGCCAUUCAUUUGAUGAUUAAACUAAAAUACUUCUGGUGGUUCUUUUUAUGGGAAAUUUAAGAAAGGAUAUCAUCAUAGAUAUUAUCUAAUACUAUUUCCAACUAUAUUCAAUCAUAAAAAGCCUCUUGAAAUUUGAAACAUGACAUGCUUCUAAUCCCUAUUAACAGCUGAAAAAUAUCACAAAAUGAUCAGUAUGCUGUGCCAGCUUUAUUUGGAGAAAAAUAACUAUUAAAAUGUUCUGGGUGUGAAAUGUAGAACAGUCUAUAUACCACAGUGAGAUAAAGAGAAGAAUCCGGAGUCAAAUUAGGAUUCAGAACUGCUGUGUAAUCUGUUAAAAAUGACUUAACCUCUGUGUGUGUGUGCCUGCUCAUUUUUGACAUGGGAAUAAGAACAGGACCCACUUGAAAGGACUGUUGUAAGGAUGAAAUGAAAUAAUACAUGUAAAGCGCUUAACACAGUACCAGGCCCAUGGUAAGUGGUCAGUUAAUUUUAGCCAGUGAAAAGAUACUAAAAAAAUAAAUAGUUACAGUAACCUGGAAAACUAAACUGUCAAUUUCAAGUCAUGUUUGUUGAGUAGUAGGAGAUGGAAGUUAAAGUGAAUAGCUUUCAGGAUAGAUAUAAGAGAACAUUCUUAGAAUAUAAACUAUAUAAACAAAUUUAAUCUGUUGCUCUUUGAAGCCUAUGUACCUGAAGCGUUUGCAGGCCCUGCCUCCACGCACAGACUAAGUAAAAACAGAAGGAACAGGUAGACCUUUUCCCUAGAAGAUGGGUUCCCUAGUAGCCAAUGGGGUACACCUUCUGUCCAUGCAAACAUACACAGAUACGUGCUCACCGCAAGCUAGUCCUGGCGGCACCCAGGCACGGACACAUACAGGCAUCCUGUCUGUCUGUGCUCAGCAGAGAUGUGCUCCCUCCCUCAGGCUGAGCCCCUCAAGGAGAACAUCUGGGAGUGCAGCAGAGAGAUGGUUUUCAACUCUUGACUUUGCGGCAUGUCCAGGUCACUGUGGUCUAGCAACCUGAAGGAGAGAGCCAAAGAGGAAGCAGUUUAAAAGCCUCUUGCACGUCUUUCUGGGUAAAGAUAGUUAUUCGUUCCACAGAUAUUCAUUGAGCCCUCUCUCUGUGGCAGGUACUGUUCUAGGGACCAGCUAGAGGGGAAUCCAUGGAGCAUCCAUGCCAGCGAGCAGAGAGCCUGACAAUCAACAAAACAAAUGCCUUAUGUUAUGUAAACGUGUGACAGGUGCAUGCUGAGAAGGGGAGCCGAGGAAAGAGGAUCACACACAACACACACAGGGGGGUGUGUGGAGUUUACACCGGGCAGGGAAGGCCCCCCUGACAGGGGAAUUCUGGGCUGAUGUUGGGAUCUGUGCACGUUACAUAAGAAUGUAAACCCUGUCUCUCAUAAUAAGAAUCAUCAGCAAAAUUAGAACAUAGGAACAGAAUGAAACUGACAUUUUUCUUCAUUUACAUAUAAACCUAUUGUAAUUACACAUAAAAUUUUGGUGCAUUAAUAAAAGGAGCCAAUUAGGGCCAAACGUAAAAGGUAAUAGGACUCUCUAUUCGCAGACCGAGGUUUACCAUUAAUUAGGUAAGAUCUCCCCGAUCUCUCAAGUGCUGCCAUUUUCCUCACCAGUAUUCCAGAGAUGGUUGUAGCUCAAUACUCUACCGUGAAGAACCUCAGGGAUUUAGGAUACAGCAGAAUUGAAAGCUUCCAUGAUAGGUGUGAAAUUGUUUUCCACCUGGCAUUGUAUUCUAAUUGCCACACAGCAUUAUUUUACUCUGUUCCAAAUCAGUGUCUUUCUACGGUUUCGAACAUCCCUAAAAAUCUGAAUCAUAUAAACAGAAUUUUAAAGGGUUCUCACUCCCGUGAAGAUUAUGUAGAAGACUUUUAGACUCUAUUAGUUUUAUUACUUUUUUUUUUAAGAUAUUUAUUUAUUUGAGAGAGAGAGAGAAUGAGAGAGAGCAAGCACGAGAGGGAAGAGGGUCAGAGGGAGAAGCAGACUCCCCGCCGAGCAGGGAGCCCGAUGCGGGACUCGAUCCUGGGACUCCAGGAUCAUGACCUGAGCCGAAGGCAGUCGCUUAACCAACUGAGCCACCCAGGUGCCCUAGUUUCAUUACUUUUUAAAAGAACUGUUUAUUACAUAGAAUUUCUAAAGAUGAUGUUAAUUGUGCAGCUUCUAAUUCACUUUUCAGACCAGUAUUUGAAAUGGCAAAUUAUUAUUAUCUUUUAAACAUUUCAUCUAUUUAUUUGUAAGACAGAGGGAGAGCACAGCAAGGGGAGCAGCAGAGAGAGAGAGGGAGAAGCAGACUCCCCGCUGAGCAGGGAGCCCGAUGUGGGGCUCGAUCCCAGGACCCUGGGAUCCUGACCUGAGCCGAAGGCAGACGCUUAACCAUCUGAGCCACCCAGGCGCCCCUGAAAUGGCAAAUUAUUGAUGUUGGAUGUAUUUCCAGUUACUUGACUUAAAAGAAUGUACAUUUAUAAAGAGAGUAAUUAAACACUAAGAAAUUUAAAGAUUCAAAAUGAUAAACUCUGUAGUAAUAAUUGUCAGAGCCAUACAACUGAAAAUGUAACUACUCUUUUUCAUCUUUUUUUCUGUAUUCAGAAAGUCGAUCAUACAGAUCUUACACUUUCAUCUGGGGCCCCUACUGGUGUUUGCGAGUGCUGGGGCAGAGUUUGGGUUGUCACAGGGACUGGGGGUGGUGUGGAGUGCCCAGCGCUAGGGGCAGCCCCACCCAGUAAAGAACUCCAUCCACAAUACCAACAGCAUUGUCCCUCCCCCCACUGAGAAACUUGCAAAACCUGGCAGUUUGAGUUCUACAUCUCAUUUCCCACCUAAACAAACUUGCUCAAGUCAAAAGAUGCAGUUUCAAAAUGACAACUACUAUACAAUAUGAAUUUUAUAGGUUGGUGACAUUUAUCUUAAAUCCCCACUUGUGGAAAAAUGGGUUCUUUCCCCUGAAAAAUUCUGGUGGAAACUUUAUAAAAUAGCAAAAUGGAUUUGGGGGAGGAGGUCACUCUCCUAUGACACUAAUUCCAAAAUAAAAAAGAAACCCAUCACCGAGGGAGGUUAAUUUAAAAGGACUUUCUGUUGAAGUAAAGUCAUAUUUUAAUAUUCUACAUUUCAUAACCAAGGGGAAGUGGUUGAAGGCACAGAGCACACUUGUUUUGGAUGGUCUGGAAAUGUUGAGGGCCGGCGUGCAGCCAGUGAUUUUUAACAUGCAGCACAUUUGUUAGACUUAAGCAACAGCUGAGGUAUUCAGAAUGGAUCCCCAUUAAAAUCAAGGAAUCAGAGGUAAGAUGUGGGAGAGAGCCAGAAGGACUUCUCAUAGCACUGUGAUGUGUACAUAACUUUACUUUUCAGCGUGCUGAGCAUUUCAUAGAAGAUCAUUUUAAAAGCUACUCUGAGUUAAAUAUUGAUACCCUUUUUGGUUUUUGGUAACACUAGACUCGCUGUGGUCCUGUUAGAACAGGCAGUGUCUCACCACACCACGUUUAUGAUAGAGCAUCAUUUUUCUAUAAUCAGGCACCUUUUGCUGCUUUGGAGUCAGACUGCUUUCCUGUUCUGACUUUAAGCAUUGCCAGAGAGAAGAAUCUGUUCUGUUCUUUGGGUUGUGGCAUAGCCUGCAAGCGGUAGCAUUUCUGUAUUGGAAAAGGAGUGUGUACCAGGGAACCUGAAGGGCUAGCGCCGUUGCUAGCGCCGUUGCCUCGGGCUGCAACUGAGUUGCAUUCUGUGGCCUGUGAGGAGCUCUCAGGCAUGUGAUUACUGACUUUACAACUAGCAUUUUCAGCACCUACAUUAAUUAUUUUACAUAAUGUGCAGACUAGCUUAUCUUUUAAUGUGAGAUACAAUACACUGCACAUACUGCUUUUGCACUGUUUUAAAGAAUUCUGUACUAAAUAAUAGGAAAUAUUUAUAUUCUUUGAGUGUGCGCUUUGAAUAGAGGAUGGCAUUAUCACUUUAUUUUUUUAACAAAACCUUUUCUUCAACUAUUCUAUUACAGUGUUAUUCUGAGCAAAUACUAUGCCAUAUAUCUUGUAUAAUGUUUUAUGGAAGAUUACAUUUCACUCGUGUGUGGUAAGACUACUCAUUAUCGAUUUCAUAGUUGGAAUUUGAUAUUCCAGCACAGAGUCCACAAUGUAUUCAGAAAUCCAAGUUGGUGUCAUACAUUUCAUUUUGAUGUGAACUUUUCUUUGCUUUCCUUUGUUUUAAGACUCCAUUUUGCAAUAAACGUUUUGACAGUAAA